AUGCGAAUACAUCUACCGUUACAUGCCUCCCAAUUAGAUCCUCCGGCAUCCUCCUCAUCCUCAUCCUCAUCGCCAUUAAUCCAACUAGGCGGUGAUCUAGUAUUAGUGGAACUCCAAGGUGAACUGAGCUACGAGGGUGAUAAAUCAGAUGGUGUGAUAGGUGUAAUAGGACUAGAUAGACCGGACAAACCGACCUUGCAUUUAGGUCCACACCAUCUUCUCCACGGCAAGUUCAUCAACCUCCAAAAACCCUAUGCGGUGAUACGAAAAGUGAUAGGUACAAGUAAUCCAGUAGAGGGAACAACGAAAUUAGAAGGUAACGCAUCGAAUGAAGAGGAUGAGAACUCUUCAUCUUCGUCAUCUUCAGAAGAAGGAGAGGAGGAAAACCUAUUUGGACAAGAUGAACCUACCACACCACUCAAACUCAAGGACAUGGACUAUUCUUCCAGUCCUGUAUAUGCUCCAUUGACUCCUAUAGAUUAUUCGAGUGAUUUAGAGAUGGACCCUUCUUCUCCUGCUAGAUCAGAGUGGGAUCAGAGUGAACAUGAUGACCAGGAAGACGAAGACCAGGAGAGACCAAACAAAAGAGCGAAGACGAAAGUGAAUGGAGGAAGGAAAAUGACUAAAGUCGAAAGAAGGAUCAAAGAAAAACAGAAAAAAACGGAAUCAGGUGAGAAAGAUAGGACGAGGAGUUAUCAGGUCAUAGGGAUAGUUAGGAAGAAAGUGGUAUUUGCUUUGAGACCAGAACCUCUAGUCGCUCCUACUAUCUUACCGGAGUAA